AUGUCCACGCUAAAGCUAGUGAUGCCCAAGGUGGGCUCCCAUCUCAUUCUGACAAUCCCUGCUCGCCAUGUCCUCCAGAUGACUCUCAACCGGCCUAAGCAACUCAACGCCAUGACAGAUGCCAUGGAGCAAGACAUCUGCCGUGUCUUCGACUGGUUCGAGACCGAACCUUCACUGUGGGUCAUCAUUCUUGCCGGUAAAGGAAGAGCUUUUUGUGCUGGACAGGACCUCAAGGACUGGCUCAACAAGAAUCAAACUUCCGAAACCGUGAGGCACGCUACUGGAGAGCCCAUGCAGCCCGAUGCCGAGGUCAAUAAGUCCCUUGAGAGGCUCAAACGUGGCGGUUUUGGCGGCAUGAGCACACGCAGAAGUGCCAAACCCAUCAUUGCAGCAGUCGACGGUAUCUGCAUGGGCGGUGGUACCGAAACAAUCCUCAACUGCGAUAUGGUCGUCGCAAGCACUCGGUCCGUCAUCGGCCUUCCCGAAGUGGCAAGAGGAGUGGUUGCUGCUAUGGGUGGCAUUCCUCGAUUGACACAGCUCUGCGGUCAUCAACGUGCCUCGGAACUUCUCCUGCUCGGAAAGUCGAUCAGCGCAAAGGAAGCUCACGACCGAUACAAUAUGGUCAAUCGUCUCGUCGAGGUGGCCAAAUCCACUUCCGAGGUGCUAGGCCAAGCCGCUGUCGACCAGGCUGCUAUUGAGCUUGCCGUUCAGCUGACUCAGAACAGCCCUGACAGCGUUCUGGUCACCAAAUCUGCACUCGUCAUGGCUCGCGAUGCAACUGAUGGCGACAUUGACGCUUCGGCAUGCAACAACAUGCUCUCUGACAGGAGUCGACUCUUGUAUGUCGGCAAGAACAUUAAUGAAGGUCUCGAAGCUUUCAAAGAAAAACGCAGCCCAAAAUGGUUCAACCCAGUAGCUUGGCCAGCUUCUGCUACGGAUCCGAGAUCAAAACUCUGA